CGGGACCACGUGUACUGUGUUGAUUGUCAAAGUCUGAGGGAACCCAAUUUCCGGAAGCCGUGAAUUCAAAUAGAAGUUCCUGGACCCGAGUUGAGUUCCCGGGGUGUGCAAAUUCUGAACCAUGAGCACCCCGGGCGUGCUGUCCUUUACCCUGCAAGGCUGGGAGCAGGUGCUGGCCAAAGUGAAACGGGCCUUGGUCUACCUAGAUGCUGCCUGCGCGGAGAGCUUGCACUGGGGCUGCGGGCCCACGCGUCUCAUGGAGGCGGUGGGGGGUCCUGUGUGUCACCUACGGGAGUUUCAGCCCAAUGCAGUUGGUGGCAAUGCCGAACAGCCCAAGGCGGUGUUUGUAUUGAGCUGCCUGCUGAAAGGCCGGACUGUGGAGACACUACGAGACAUCAUCAGCCGCAGUCACUUCCAAUAUUGUGUGGUGGUCACUGCUUUGAGCCACGCUGUUCAUCUUACGGCUAACCACGUGCCAGCGGCUGCCGCAGCUGAGCUGGAGGGACAACAACCGGUGUUCGAGCAGCUGGAGGAGAAGCUGUGUGAGUGGAUGGGCAACAUGAACUACACAGCAGAGGUGCUGCACGUACCAUUGUUGCUCGCUCCUAUUGCUCCCUACCUUGCCUUGACUCCAGCCUUUGCUUCCCUUUUUCCACUGCUAUCCCAGGAUAUACAUCUCCUUAAUAGUGCCCGACCGGACAAGAGAAGGCUGGGAAGCUUGGGUGAGGUGGAUUCCACUGCCCUGACCCCAGAGCUGAUCCUGCAGAUGAGGUGCCUGGUGUCAGGCCUCAGUUCUUUGUGUGAGCAUUUGGGGGUUCGGGAGGAGUGUUUUGCUGUGGGUGCCCUCAGUCGGGUCAUCGCUGCAGAUCUGGCCAAUUAUGUCCCUGCCAAGAACAGGAGAAAGACUGCUGCAGGAAGGGCAUCUGUUGUCUUUGUGGAUAGAACUCUGGAUCUCACAGGAGCAGUUGGACAUCAUGGAGACAACUUGGCAGAGAAGAUCAUUUCAGUGCUUCCUCAGCUUCCAGGUCACACAAAUGACGUGAUGGUUAACAUGGAAGAGCUCACUGCACUCCAGACACAGGAGGAGGACCAGAAUGUAAUUGCACCAGGUUGUCUUGCACAAGCCAAUGACUUGGCAGCCAAAGCCCUGUGGGAAGCCUUACUGAAUACCAAGCACAAAGAGGCAGUCAUGGAGGUUCGGAGACAUCUAGUGGAAGCAGCAAGCAGAGAAAAUCUGCCAAUCAAGAUGAGCAUGGGGAGAGUCACUCCAGGGCAGCUCACAUCCUAUAUUCAGCUCUUCAAGAACAACCUCAAAGCUCUAAGGAAUCAUUGUGGGAUCCUCCAGCUUGGGCUGGCCACAGUUCAAACUUUGAAACACCCGCAGACUGCCAAGUGGGAUAAUUUUCUGGCAUUUGAAAGGCUCCUUCUUCAGAGCAUUGGAGAGUCAGGGAUGUCUGUUGUGUUAAAUCAGCUGCUGCCCAUGUUUAAGCCAUCAACUCAGAGGACCAAUGAUGACUAUGGUCCUGAGGAGCUGCUGAUCCUCCUCACAUACGUUUAUUCUGUCAUUGGAGAGUUCACAGUGGACAAAGACCUGGGAGAGGCUGAAGAAAAAGUGAAGAAAGCUUUGGUUCAGGUCUUCUGUGAGGAGUCUGAAUUGUCACCUUUGCUGCAAAAAAUCACAGGAUGUGACUCUGCAACUAACCUGACAUUUCACAAAUCCAAAAUUGCUGUGGAUGAACUCUUUUCUUCUCUUUGGGAUAUUGCUGGAGCUCGGAGUCUCAUGAAAGAGUUUAAGUCUGUGUAUGUUCCUGGAAAUCAUACCCACCAGGCAUCCUAUAAGCCAUUGUUGAAGCAGGUUGUGGAGGAAAUAUUUAAUCCUGAGAAGCCAGAUCCUGUUGAUAUUGAACACAUGUCUUCAGGCCUCACUGAUCUCCUUAAAACUGGAUUUAGCAGGUUUAUGAAAGUGAGCCGGCCUCAUCCCGGUGACCACCCCCUCCUGAUGCUCUUUGUGAUGGGCGGCAUCACAGUCUCUGAAGUCAAAAUGGUCAAAGACCUUGUGGCAACCCUGAAACCAGGAACCCAGGUGAUCCUGUUGUCCACGAGACUCCUGAAGCCACAUAACAUUCCUGAGCUGCUAUUUGCAACAGACCGACUACAUCCAGACCUUGGCUUCUGACAUCUGCUUAGACAAUAAGACCUACCCAUGCUGGAAAUAUCAAUUCCAUUGUUUGUCUCCAUUCCUGAUAUGCCUCCAAAACCAGCGUCCUUGUAGCUCAUUGUGGGUAUGACUGCAUUCUGAUGAAAGGGUCUUGAUAACUGUGCAAUGAGAUACUUUACUUAAAUUGCUCUUUUUAAAAAGAAUUAUAGUUGGGCCUGGUGGUGCAUGCCUAUAAUCCCAGCUACUUGGGAGGUUGAAGCAGGAGGAUCACAAUUUUGAGGCUAGCCUUGGUAACUUAGUGAGAUCAUCUCUCAAAUAAAAAAUUUUAAAAGGCUGGGGAUAUAGCUCAGUGCUCCCUAGGUUCAAUCCACAGUAUUAAAAAAAGGUUUGUGGGUUUUUUGUUUUGUUUUGCUUUUUCAUUUUACUAAAGGUGUCACGCUAUCUUUAGCUGAGCUAAUUAGUGGUAAUUUCUAUUUACCUGUAAACUUUCAUUGUAUUCUCCUGAUUAUACCUUAGGAUCGUUAAAUCUAAAUAAAGGCCUGUUGGCAAAUGUUGAUAGAUGACAAAAAAGCUUUUGAUUUGACGUUGGUCAAGGAAAAGACAGAUGUGCUUUAGAAUUAUGAGUAUGAGGAAACUUUGGUUUUUCUUAAGAUUAUAUAACUGAGGAGGGAACACUGCAAGUAGAGUCUAAGGCUUUGUUUCUCUCCUAAUCUGAAGCAUUUCUGAACAGGCGAGGAAGGGAGGGGUGGUACUGGGGCAGCCUGGUCACAGCACGCUUGUAAAUCAUCCUCCCAUAACAAAGGCCACAUUGUUCCAAGUGUUCCCUGGCAGGGCUGCCAGGCUCCUUGGAACAGCGGGACAGGGGGUGAUGGGAGGGCCAUGCCUGCCUGUGAAAGGGCUCCUCCACUCCAAUAGGAGCUCUCUCAGCCCAGGGAGCCUAGUUGUGACCACCACUCCAUGUGGCCUUUGGGAUUUGAAGUUCCUAUUGAAACAUAAAGCUUUCUUUCUGUAAGUUUAAUUUUUCUUCUGAUCAUAGCAGAAACACCCAGAUUUACUUACCAAAAUAAUAUGAGAACUCUAAGGAGGAAAAAAAGAAAAAGAAAAUAGCUUGAAACCCAGGUCUUUAUUGGUAUGUGGUCAAUGGAAAUUUCUGGCAUCUCUAAAGAUGUUUGAAAUAAGAAGAUAAAACUGAAAACUCCUUCUAGCAUGGAUUAAACAGGUAGAGAAAAUAAAAUGUACACUAAGAUACUUAGUGUGUGAUUUUACAAAACACUCAUUUUAUGGGGAAAAUAAAAUAAAACAUGAGGUUGGAAGUCAUUCUGAGAUAUGAUAAAAGCAGGAUGUUGGGCCAGGGAUUUAGCUCAGUGGUUCCGACGCCUGCCUCGCAAGCGCAAGGUCCCAAGUUCCAUCCCCAGUACCAAAAAAAAAAACAGGAUGCUUAUAGAAAUAGAUGUUUAUUUUUUUGCCUAAGUAUGCUUUCCACUUAAUGCCAAUUCUUUGAUGGUGCUGAAAUAUAGAACUCAGAUGUUUGCUUGCUUGCUUGUUUGUUUGUUUUUUGAGACAGACCCAGGCUGGCCUCAAACUCAUAAUCCUCCUGCCUCAGCCUUCCAAGUAGUGGGAUUAUAGGCAUGUGACACAAUGCUAUCUACCUUUUUUUUAAUCCUGCUAAUCUAGACGUCUUAGUUUGAGGAAGAAAAUGGCAAUAGCCCCAAAGAAAUUAUAAUAUAAGCAGAGAUUAGUAUUUUCUAAAAUAAAAAAAUUAAAAGAAA